CCCAUGGCUACCGCGCUCCCCGCAGCACCCACGCACCCCGGGCUGCAGCCCCCGGCACCCGGCUGCGUCCCCGUGGGGUGCCCCGAGGCGAGCCCGAGUGAGCAGCCCCCGGCCCCAGAGGGGUCAAAGCGCUGCCGGGAGCCCCGUGGUCCAUCCGUACGGCAAACCCCACCACACAGAGUGGGGGGAGCAGGACCGGGACGCCACUGGCACGGAGACAAAGCAAUCAGAGGAACGCAUUAAAGCUGCAAAUAAACGGCCAAACGCAGGAAACCAAGACAGCAUUUUCCUUUGUUCUUCACUUUUUAAUGUUAUGUUUAAAUCAAGCAUGAGCUCGGUGUCUACUCGGUUUUACCUUUAUAACGGUAAUUAACAGAGACUGGAGAUCUCGGGGGUGUUGUCGGCUGCUUAUUUCUGUUCGCUGGCUCAUGUUAAGAUCUGUCACGCACUCCCGGCGGAGGGCAGGAGACACGGCACCAGCUUUCGCAGCGCUCCCCGCAUCGCCGUGCGUCCCGCGAACCGUUCCAGGCUGCUCUCACCCUGCACUGCCCCUGGGACCCUCGGCUGCCCAGCACCGACACCAAGGAGCUGCCUGAGCGAGGUGUGGACAGGGCUGAUGCCGGCAGGGAAGGGAUGAGCCUUCUGCCCACGGAACUCACCACGUGAAAACUGUUGUGAAUCAAAAUGGUCACUACCUAGAAGUUACAAGAAGUUACGCAGCUACAAGAAUAAAUAGCAAUGCCCUGCUUGGAGAUGACAACCAAAAGGAAAAUUAUUGGCCGCUUGGUGCCAUGCCGGUGUUUUCGCGGUGAAGAGGAGAUUGUUUCAGUGUUGGAUUACUCUCACUGUGGCUUACAGCAGGUGCCAAAGGAGGUUUUUAACUUUGAACGGACGUUAGAGGAGCUUUAUCUAGAUGCCAAUCAAAUUGAAGAGCUACCCAAGCAACUGUUCAACUGUCAAGCUUUACGCAAACUGAGUAUACCUGACAAUGACCUUUCCAGUCUGCCAACCACUAUUGCUAGCUUAGUUAAUCUCAGAGAACUUGAUAUCAGUAAAAAUGGAAUUCAAGACUUUCCAGAAAAUAUUAAAUGUUGUAAGUGUUUAACAAUUAUUGAAGCCAGUGUCAAUCCAGUAUCUAAGCUGCCAGAUGGCUUUACACAACUUCUAAAUUUGACCCAGCUCUAUCUAAAUGAUGCCUUUUUGGAGUUUCUUCCUGCUAACUUUGGAAGACUUGUCAAAUUGAGAAUUUUGGAGUUAAGGGAGAAUCAUUUGAAAACUCUACCAAAGUCAAUGCAUAAACUGACUCAACUGGAGAGACUUGAUCUGGGCAAUAAUGAAUUCUCUGAGCUGCCUGAGGUUCUCGAACAAAUACAAAAUCUAAAGGAAUUGUGGAUGGACAAUAAUUCCUUGCAAAUACUACCUGGGUCUAUAGGGAAGUUAAAACAGCUCGUGUACCUGGAUAUGUCAAAAAACAGGAUAGAAACUGUUGAUUUGGACAUAUCAGGAUGUGAAGGACUUGAAGAUCUCCUGUUGUCAUCAAAUAUGUUGCAGCAACUGCCAGACUCCAUAGGACUGUUGAAAAGGCUGACAACUUUAAAAGUAGACGACAAUCAGCUUACAAUUCUGCCAAAUGCAAUUGGAAAUUUAUCUUUAUUAGAAGAAUUUGACUGCAGCUGUAAUGAGUUGGAGUCCUUACCUUCAACAAUCGGUUACCUUCACAACCUGAGGACGUUGGCUGUGGAUGAGAAUUUCCUUCCUGAACUACCCAGAGAAAUUGGAAGCUGUAAAAACGUAACGGUGAUGUCUCUGCGCUCCAACAAGCUGGAAUUUCUUCCUGAUGAAAUAGGUCAGAUGCAGAAGCUAAGAGUGUUAAAUCUGAGUGAUAACAGACUGAAGAACUUACCAUUCACUUUUACUAAACUUAAAGAACUUGCAGCUUUGUGGCUUUCUGACAACCAGUCCAAGGCUCUCAUUCCACUGCAAACGGAGGCGCACCCAGAAACAAAGCAGAGAGUGCUGACUAACUACAUGUUUCCCCAGCAACCCCGCAGUGAUGAAGAUUUCCAGUCAGACAGUGAUAGUUUUAAUCCUACUUUAUGGGAGGAGCAGAGACAGCAACGUAUGACUGUUGCCUUCGAAUUCGAAGACAAAAAGGAAGAGGAGGAAAAUGCAGGGAAAGUUAAGGUUGAAAUAAAUCUAAAACGUUAUCCCACUCCAUACCCGGAGGAUUUAAAGAAUAUGGUAAAAUCAGUUCAAAAUCUGGUGGGCAAAACAAGCCAUGGAGUACGGCCUGAGAACACAGCACCAACUGCGAACAGUGAACAAACUGUGAAAGAAAAGUAUGAGCACAAGUGGCCCAUGGCACCAAAGGAGAUUUCAGUGGAGGAUGCCUUUGGACAUCCUGCCAGUGAGAUGAGGAUAGGUGAACUUCGUCCUUCCAUACCAGAGACUCCGUUGUACCCACCCAAGCUUGUUCUUCUGGGUAAAGAGAAGAAAGAGUCGACAGAUGAGUCUGAAGCAGAUAAGAUCCAUUGUCUGAAUAACAGCGUUUCCUCAGGCACUUACUCAGACUAUUCCCCUUCCCAGGCUUCCUCAGGGUCCUCCAAUGCGCAUGUUAAAAUGGGGUCCUUGCAGACAACAGCUAAAGAUGCAGUGAAUAACUCUUUGUGGGGAAACAGCAGGCUGGUGCAGUCAUUCCCACAGCCCCUUGAAACAAAGCCAUUACUGAGCCAGCGGGAAUCUGCUCCGGCAGGAAACCUGCCACAGCGCAACGACAGGCGUCCCCUGAGCGACACCUUCACCGACAGCUGGAAUGAUAGCUCGCACUACGAUAACACCGGCUUCGUUGCAGAGGAGAGCACGGUGGAGAACCCGAGCGCUAACCCUCUCCUAAGCACGAAAUCUAGAAGCACAUCUGCGCACGGGCGCAGGCCGUUAAUCAGACAAGACAGGAUAGUUGGCAUUCCUCUGGAGCUGGAGCAGCCGACGCUCAGAAACACACACGAAUCUGAAGUGCCUCCUCCCAAUCCUUGGCAAAAUUGGACCAGAACCCCUAGUCCUUUUGAAGACAGGACAGCUUUUCCUUCCAAACUGGAAAACACCCCCACCACCAGCCCUUUGCCUGAGCGGAAAGAUCAUAUCAAAGAGUCUCCUGAAUUAUCUAGCACUUUCACUCCAGGAAUAGCAUGGGAAUAUCACGAUUCAAAUGCUAACAGAAGUCUCACAAAUGUCUUUUCACAUAUUCACUGUCGCCCAGACCCUUCUAAAAGUGUUAUUUCGAUCAGCAAGAGCACAGAAAGGCUGUCUCCAAUGAUGAGGGAUUUAAAAACUAACAAAUUUAAGAAGUCACAGAGUAUCGAUGAGAUAGACAUUGGAACGUACAAAGUUUAUAAUAUACCUUUAGAAAACUAUGCAUCUGGUAAUGAUACUGUAGGAGCCCACGAGAGGGUGGACAAGCUCCUGGGCCCGGAGCACGGCAUGCUGAGCAUGUCCCGCAGCCAGUCGGUCCCCAUGCUGGAUGACGAGCUGCUGACCUACGGCAGCGUCAAGGUGCAGCCACAGCAGAAGUCGUCCGUGACAAAGAAGGUCUACCAGUUUGACCAAAGCUUCAACCCGCAGGGAGCAGUGGAGGUCACAGCCGAGAAGAGGUUACCACCACCUUUCCAGCUCAACCCCGAGUACAUUCCCCAGCAGAGUAAAAAUCUGCCCCAGGAGCUGGUCAGCCCGAGGGCAUACCGCGGCUACCCCCCUGUGGAGCACAUGUUCUCCUUCUCCCAGCCGUCGGUCAACGAGGAGGCCGUCAGUGCCCCCUUCGUGAGCCAGGGCUCUCGGCCGGGCUUCUUGAGGAGGGCGGAUUCGUUGGCCAGUUCCACCGAGAUGUCUAUGUUCAGGAGGGUCAGUGAGCCCCAUGAGCUGCCCCCAGGCGAUAGGUAUGGCAGGCCUCCGUACCGAGGAGCUGUGGAGCGCCAAAGCAGCAUCUCGGUCUCCGAGUCUCAGUUCCUCAAGAGGAACGGCAGGUACGAAGACGAGCAUCCUUCCUACCAAGAAGUGAAAGCCCAGACUGGCAGCUUUCCUGUUAAAAACCUUACACAAAGGAGGCCGUUGUCUGCAAGAAGCUACAGUACAGAGAGUUACGGUACCUCUCAAACCAGGCCAGUUUCAGCGAGGCCUACAAUGGCAGCUCUGCUGGAAAAGAUACCGUCAGACUAUAACUUGGGUAACUAUGGCGACAAGCCUUCCGAUAACAGUGAUAUAAAGACAAGGCCUACCCCUGUGAAGGGAAAUGAGAGCUGUGCUAAAAUGCCUGCUGACUGGAGACAACAGCUACUUAGACAUAUAGAAGCUAGAAGGUUAGACAGGACCGCUGCUUACAAACACAACACAGUUAGCCUUGGCAUGCUGCACUCUGGAGGGUUUUCAGCAAUGCAUGCCGGCAGAAGCAUGACUUUAAACUUGCAGACUAAAUCUAAAUUUGAAAACCAAAUGCUUCAAGAGCUACCUCUACCGAAAACCCCAUCGCAGCAGAGCAGCAUCCUGGACAACGGGCAGGACGAGGUGCCUGUGAGUGGCCAGUGGAACCCCUACCCGCUGGGGCGGCGGGACGUGCCCCCCGACACCGUCACCAAGAAGGCAGGUAGCCACAUCCAGACCUUAAUGGGAUCGCAAAGCCUGCAGCACCGGAGCCGCGAGCAGCAGUACGAAGGAAACAUGAACAAGGUGACCAUCCAACAGUUCCAGCCACCACUGCCUAUCCAGAUCCCCUCCUCGCAGAGCUCCCGAGCACCUCAGACGGGGCGGUGUCUCAUCCAGACCAAGGGGCAGAGAAGUACGGACGCCUACCAGGAGCAGUUUUGUGUGAGAAUAGAGAAGAAUCCUGGCCUUGGUUUUAGUAUCAGUGGUGGAAUAAGUGGACAAGGCAAUCCAUUCAAACCUUCUGAUAAGGGUAUCUUUGUUACUAGGGUUCAGCCUGACGGACCAGCAUCCAGCCUGCUCCAGCCUGGCGACAAGAUCCUCCAGGCAAAUGGACACAGUUUUGUACAUAUGGAACAUGAGAAAGCUGUAUUACUACUGAAGAGUUUCCAGAAUACAGUAGACCUAGUUAUUCAACGUGAGCUUACUGUCUAAAUAUUUUUUUAUAAAUAGUAAAUAUGUCUAGCCAGAUCUAAUGUUCAAACAGAUUUAUACAUAGGAAACAAAUUUUUGCCAAUUGCUGGACCAAUGGCAAACAGUAGUGCCAAAUGUAUAAUACUCUAUGUUAGUACCGAUCAUCUUGAAAAAAAUAUAUUAACUAUAUAAAUAUAUUGUUCAUGUGGCUAUGUAUUAGUUUUAAUUGUCAGCCUCUGGCUGUGCAUUGGUGCGUUUUUUUAAUCAAGUUACUUCUUAAAGUCAAUUUCAUAUGAUUUCAAAACACAGAAGCACAUACAAAUUCUUUAGGAAUUCUGCUGUCCAUCAGAAACACUGCCUCAAAGUUGUAUAUGCCUUUAUAAAGAUAAAAUAUAUUAACCUGUACUUCCCAUGAAAUAUUUCUAUCAUGUCACAUACAAAAAUAUAGAGAAAAAAUAUUUUCAUAAACACCUCAAAGAAAGUAUAUAUUAAAUUAAAUUUAAUAAUGUUCAUUUAUUUUCAAUGCAAAGAUAUUAUAUGCCUUAUGAAAAUACCUGUACAUAUGCAGUGUGUAUAGCUGGCUCCAUACUAAUUAGUAAAAAUGUCACUAUACAGGGUGAGAUACUUAAUAAAUGAUACUGUCAACUCUGGGACCUAGAUAUAAAUAACCUACAUGGAGAUUGGUUAACUUCCUUUUCUUUGGCACUUUCAGUCGAUUCCAUGUGAACACACUAAAUGGACGAACAGUGAGGUUAGACAGAUACGCUCCAUAAAUGGAAGACGUUUAUGAUGGGUGGCAGUAAAACUUCUUUUGUUGCUGCUAAUUUUAUUAUUUUAACUUUUGGAUUUAAAACUGUAGGCCCCUUCCUUGCAUUGCCCAUUCCCCCAGUCUUUGGUGUUCUGUAUUCUUGCUCUGGUGCAGGCUGUUAUCCCCUUCUCGAUAUGUUCAUUAUCAGUAAGGCUUUAACCUUUAUACAACCCUUUGUUUGUGUAACAGUCUCUUUAAAACGAGUGGGGAUAGAUUUAAUCUGAGAUAUGACAUAUCACAGGGGGAGCAGAAGAACGGCGCUGAGAGAGCAUGGGAAGAGCUUUCCCACUGAAGCACUCAGUGUGAAACCCUUAAGGUAAAAAUCCUCGCGCUGUUCUCGGCAGAGCGUACCGGCAGCACAGAACUCUGCAAACCUGCUGCUGGUUCAGUAAUUCAGGCCUACAUCAUGGGCGUAACUGACAGCAAGAAGGCGAAACAGAAGGAAACCUCCCACGAGGUGUUUCCGAGGGGUGCUGUUGCCAUCGGCCUGGCAGCGGUGGUGGUGGUGGGCUGCAGGGAGAGCCGCAGCGCGGGCAGGGGGCUGCAGCCGGGCCCUGGUCAGGGGCACGGUGCUACAGCUCACGGGCAUGGCAAAGGCCGUGUCACUUUGCUGCUUACAAGAGCCUCUAGAAAUUCUCAAACCUUUCUUCUUGUCCCGUAAGCAAGCGCACAAUGAGGUAAUUACACUUCGAAUUAAAUUAACAUGACUUCCAGAGACAACAGAGCCCUUACGUCUACUGCCCUGCCUGCUGUAUGGACCCAGUCGUCCUGCUGUAGAGGUAUAAAUGCAUUUUAUAAAUUUUGCAGGUCUUAUUUAUAGUAAGUGGAAGGACUGGAGCUAUCAAAGGUGCUGGCAGCAUUCCUGAUGUGUCCCUGCUGUUACUGAGACACCCCAGUGCUCAGCACUGCUGCGCGUGCUGCUGGGUGUGCUGGGGGCUUACAUCAAGUCCCUAAAACCCAACGAGUUCAGGAAGAGCAGUCUGCUGAGGUUAUUACAUGCACAGCAAUCACUUUGGCUGUGGGUGUUGGGAGAGGAACUGGGUAGAGAGAGGGACAGCCAGGCCAGGACCCCAAAUCCUUGCUCUACGCAGUUAUCAUCUCUGUGCAUUCACAUCUGGCUGCUCUUAGAAACUGCCGACACAGCGAGGGGACCUGGGGCCUCAUCCCAUCCAUCAGCCACAAAGGAAAAUGCAUAAUCAGCCCCUCCUUCCCCCCAGCCUGGCCAUAACUGUCAAAGCAAGGUUUCCAAAUGAAUUUGGGCUUCCCAAAGCUGGUGCAGUCAUUCUUUGCCUCUCUCUGGAAGCAACUGGGCCUUCAAAAAAAAAGAAAAAAAGACUUGUUACAUUUGGGAAGGAAAGGGUGGUAUAAAAACCGCCUACUGCACAUGGGAAAGGAGAGAGAAGUACCCCAUACAUAAUCGGUAGGCAUAGGAACUAUCCUCUAACGUUAUGAAGCAGCAGGAUUUUUAUUGUGUUUGCACUCUUUUUCCUUUUUUUUUUACCUCUGUGGCAGUCGAUUGCAAAGCAUGGUCAGGGCAGCCCCCGGCACUGUGCAGGAGAAACACAGCCCACAGCCCUCACCUCAGCUCCCCACAGGAAUUUGUUUAGCAGUGUAAGUUCCCUGUCCUAUGGUCGUUGACACCUCCCCCUUUCUCUUUAAUCAAUAGGAGUGAUUAGGUUUAUUAAUAUAAACAUUAAUGAGCCAUAAAUUCCAAGCUGACUGAGCAGGUUCCCACACAAUACGAGUUUUUACUUACCACAUGCAAGCGUUCACACUGCAAGAGCUUCUGCACCACCUGAGUGGCAGCACACCAGCAGGUACCCCAGUGAGCCAUAGUAAUGCUAAUCCUAAAAUGUGCUAUUUGAAUACAUGAUUUGAUUAUGUCUAGAAAAUAAAUUUAAAUAAUGAAUUCUUUUCAGUAAAUUAAAACCUCGAUGCUACCAGCCGAAGCUGCUUGCUGAAUUCAUGUGAUUUGGGUUUGGAUUGUUAUUUACCCCAUUUUUUCAGCUUCCAGUUUUUUAGUCUCAUAAUGCCCCCUCAAACCACAGAGGCUGUGGCAGAACGCAUCUAAAACUUUCCUAACAUGCAUGGCAUGUCAGAGGCCAACAUUGCCGUACUUAAGCCCAUUGCCCUUUAGAGAAGUAAGGAUUUUCUCAUCAUAUGCUCAGAAAAUUGCAGACACCUACAUCGUUUGUCGUUAAUUAUACUGAAUGGGAACUAGGGACAUUAAUAGGUACUUAUGCACCCAGCUCCUCUUUGGAGCUACUUUUGUCUUUUCAUGCAAAAAAUAUCACUUAAGAACAUGAGCACGCGUGCACACGGAGGUGCAGUGAACGUCUGCACAUCUGCUGCUCCAUGCCCGGGGGCAGUCCAUGAUAGCACAGCUCCCUAGCGCAGAAAUUUUCCCCAUGACUUCUCCUUCCAGCAGGAAAACGGAGUAAAUUACUGCCGCAGCUUUGAAUCCUGCUGUACCGCUGCCUGCUGCCAUGGUGCAGGACUCGGUGCACACCCACCCAGUGCGUCCCCGCACACAGCUCCAAGGCAGAGAUCUGCAGCUCCAGGAACAUGCUGGGGAGCUGCGGGUCUCAGAAGGGUGACAGGGGGCCCAUCCUGACACCUAAUCCCAAGAUAACAUGCAGAUGAAAAAUGGGAAAGCGAGAAAGGCAGAAGCAGUCUUCAGUGUUUGUUAAUUCUGCGUUUUGUGCUCAGCUGGGUUUCUGCGUGCUGAGUUUCGGAGAGCUGAGGCGCAGUGGCACAAUCGGCCAGGGCUGUGUGCAGAACUGGAGUUCAAGAUUGCUGAGUGCUUUCAUUAAUGGAUUAUAAUGAAAACGAAAUUGCAAUAAAAUUGAAUUAGUGCAAUGGAAUGCCAAAUUAACUUAUCCAAAACUCCUGCUGACUCUAGAAGGGGGAUGGCGGUGAAUUUGGCCUCCCAGAUGAAACAUAACAGCAGUGAACCUUUAACACCAACCCCCAUUGUCCAAAAUCACCAAAUAUUUCCUUUUUGGCAUUAUUUUUAUUCAAAUUUGUAGAAAUGAUGUUUAGAUAGGACUAAUGCUAUGAGCGACUAAACUGAUUCAGUGAGCCCGAUUAGGAUUUGUACAUUAAUCCUUCGAAAUAACGUGCACUUUUUGUCUGUCCUGGAGUCCCCAGCAGCCUCACGUGCAUGGUCGUGUACAGCCCGGUGUGCAGGUGGGGAACCCGGCUAUGUGCAUGCCGUGCACAUAGGUACGAUAUAUGUGAUAUAUAUAUACUGUUUAUAUAUAUUUUUUAAACUAAAUGUGGUUAUAUGGCAAGUGCUGGUGGUAGGUGACAGUUUACCCAGAGGCGAGUUCCGUGUGUGGGUUAAGUUUCAUGUGUGUGAAGGGAUUUUGAUGGAGGCAAGCAGGCUGGGAACUGCAGAUGGUUUCCUUCCUUCGGGCUGUGCAGCACUCCCAAGCACCCCAUAUGUUCUCCCACAGUAGCUACACCGGCACUCACACGCUCUGUUUUUCUGAAGCUACUCAUGGCCAUGCUAAUACUGACUGAAACACGCUGGGUUAGAAACACCACUGAAGGUCUGGCGUGCUGCUGGCAGCUCUCCCCGGCAGGGCUGCCCCCAGUAGCUUUCAGCUGUGAUGUUCCCAUGGCAAUGGCCCCGCUCGCGGUGAGCACGCAGCUCUGCUUUUCUGGAUUUCCCAUGCAAUAAACAACAAAUCAUCCUCAGGGAAGGGCUAGAUUGGAAAGGGACGCCUGCGCUGUAAUUCCCUCAGCCUCCUUUUGCAGCAGGUUCUGGGGAGCUCGGUGGUCGCAGUCUGGGCUCACGCUGCCAGCAGUGCCCCGUCCCCCAUGGCAGUGCCCCGUGGGCUGCUGUUAAGAAAAAAAUGAAGGGGGGGAAAAAAAAAAGAAAAAAAAAAAAAGUUGCUCCCCAAAUGCUUUUCUUAUUUUGAGCAACAUUUUAAGAGAAAACCCCAGGAAGCCCUGUGCAGACCCUUCAGUCCGGAUAAUUCAUUCCUUUUCCAUUCACAGUUUGCAGUUUUUUUCAGGGUGUUGGUGAGCUGUGAUAUUUAAAGGCUAGUCGUUCGUAAUAGCUAUCUUCAAAUCAGUGUUGGUGUUUUCCAAGCUGUAUUUUAACGUGUCCCUGUCUGCGCCUACGUUCUGUGGACCUCCAUCAGACACGGCGCUGUUGUGGGGUGGCCUUUUUCUGAGCAGUUGAAAGACCCGGGAAACAUUGCUCUAAUAGCCAUACGUUUAGUUAUAGAUUAAUAUCAAAAGAGUCAAAUCCGUGAUGUUGGAGAACACCAUUAAUCUUCAUGGCCCAAAAGUUCAACUAAAAAUGCAGUACAAAGUGUUUCUGAGAUUGGUUUGCUAUUGUUAGUGAGCACUUAAAAUGUAAAGACUCUCCUUGGUUAAACCUCUCUGGCUUGUAAUAUAGCAUUGAAUUUCCUUAUGCAAAGAAAAGCCCGCGCAUCCAUAGCUCUGUGUACAUAUGUAUAUAUCUGACAGGGGUAUAUGCAACAGGAAAUGCAAAGACAGGAGGAAAUGACAAACCACGCGCUCCAACCUGCCCACAUGCAGGAUCUGCUCUCAGACACGGGGAUUGAGACCAGGCUGGCUGCUGGCUCCUGGGGAAAUGACUGGCAGCAGGACGAGGUUGGGGUUUGUGCUGCCCAGCCUCUCAGAUGAAAGUGAAGCUCACAAGCACCCGGGGAUCUGUUUCACUGUGGUCUAACCCCUAACAGCCAGGCAGGACACAUAGGACUGAAAGAAAACACAAGGAUCAAUUUGCCCAAAUUUGUAAACAAGCACAGGAGAUUACAAACCUCAGCUGUGGGCUGCAGAUCUGCUACCUACCUUUGCAGAAUUUACCUUUGGGAUUUCCAGUUCAGAAUAAAAUGCUGUCUAAAGCUUGAGCUCCUUACCCAGGGGCUAUUGCCACCCUCACCAUCCCGCCUCAGCGCUCUUCUCCCAGUUCUUCUGCCUUCAAAAUUCUCAUUUUCACAAGGGCACAAAGACUUCCCAUUUUAUUUUCAGCCAGUCAGGUUUAAGGACUUAUUUCACUUGUCAGUCUUGCUAGUAUGAGUGGAAUACAAAGUGAUGAUACAACUUUCAGGCCAGUAGUUUGGAUAGGAUAUGAACUAAUUGGUGGUUUGGUUUUGUUUCGAACAACUUUGGUUCGGGUACGUUUGAUGGCUGGCGUUAGCCACGCGUGCAGCACAGCAGUGACACCAGAGGCCAGGCAAGGAAACCCGCGCUCCUCCCCAGCGGCGUGAGCCUGGGGCGGCCAACGUGAAUUUUCGUUGCAAAAGCAAAUUUCAAAUUACAGUAUUUAAUAGUCAUAAACUUAAAAUAGUUUUGUUCAAACAAACAAACAAAAAAAGCCUUUGCCAAUCCUCUUUGCUUGAGAAUCCAAGCAAAUACUCCAGCAGUGAACGACAUCUUUGCGUUGUAUGCUGAAUUUACACGGCCCUCGUGAGGCUUUUCCUGCAGCACCACCAACCGAGCCACAGCCCUGCAGCACAAGAGGCUUCAUCUUUGUAAAUUGGGGCCUUCUUUGUCUCUUUGCUAGCAUAUGUGGCUUUGCCCUGAAACCCUGGUCAGAACAAACACUUAUCAGUUAAGUUUUCUACUUGUGAGUACUGUAUCCAGUUCAAAACCAACAGCUUACUUUAUUAAAAAUUUUACCAUUUUAUAAAAGACAUGUUUAAUUAUGAUGGAGAUGGCUGUAUUGUAAUUAAUAUUUUGAGAUAAUUGUGAUUUUGAGCUUAAAUUAUAUACAGAAAAUGGUCAUUUUUGUAUGUGUUAAAAGAUUGCUAUAUUACAAAUGACUAACUGUACUUUUCAGUUUAAUUACAGUAUUAAUGUAAAUAAAGCUGAAUGAAAAAUAUUUACUACUUUAUUAACAUAGAUUGUGAAUGUACUUAAUGUUUUUUGCAGUAUAAAGACUUAACUGAACUUGAAAGCUGCUUCAUUUUAUGUGCAAAAAGGUACUUCAAAAUUAUAUUUUAAAUCUAUUGAUUCAGUGCAAUCAAUUAUAUUGUCGGUUAAUUUGCACAUGCAGGUUGUAUCCUUCCAGUUUUAUUUCAUGUAUGACACUUAUCCGUAAGGUGCAUAUUGUGUUUAGAAUGCAUUUUGCAGAUGCUUCUGUACAUAAAACAAAUACAGGGACUAAAACAAUGCUGUGCAGUGUAUAGCAGAGCCAUUUUUCGGCUUUGGUGUACCCAACUUUUUCAGUAUUUAAAAAAGUGUUUUGAAUAACAUUAAAAAGUCUCUUUAUUGUAUAAAUAAUAAAAAUGUCACCUUAUUGUAA